CCAUGCGAGCUCGGAUCGGAAUCCACUCGUUUGCAAGUCGACGUGACCGCCGACUGGGAGGGAUCCAGGCUGGUGUUUAGAAUUACCUAGGAGGUGACGAUGCGUUAACGGAGGGUCAUGAGGUGCAUGCUGCAGAGGACAGAGCAACCUUCGUAUGAGCGAGUUAUGGCCCCUCUCAGAAGUGAAUUCACCAAUCCACUUCCGCUCCCAUCGCUCCUCUGAGCAACGAACGCAGCCGCUUUAUCCUCCUCUUCUCACACACUUCAUCCUCGCAACCUUCUCUCCGUGCUGCGAAAUCAUCUCCUAG